AUGUACCACCGCCGCCGGCGCGCCCACUCCACCCCCACAGCCCCCUCCGCCCCCGCCCUCAUCGCAGCCACCACAGUCUACAACCCCUCCCCACCACCGCCGCUCGCCGCCGCCGCCGCCGGCACAGCACUCCGCCAUGCCGCGCCCUCGCCAACACCACCACCAAUCGGCAGCAUCCCCACAAAACGCAUGCUCAAGCGACGCGACAGCUACUCCUCCGCCAGCGACAGCAGGCCAGGCAUGCCGCAGCGCGCCAGCAGCACAGGCAGCCUCACGGAGCGGCGGUUCCGCAAGGAGAGGGGCAGCAGCAGCGUCAGUAGCCGGCGGGGGAGCAUUGACGCGGGAAGGACCAGUGGCGAGAUAAUCGGGCGACGGGCUAGCACUGGUGGUAGUAGUAGUAGUAGGUUUAAUAGUGCGAAUGGGGGUUCCGGCCCGCCGCCGCUAGCGAGGAAGGUGACGGCGUACCAUGAGGAGGACAGCAGCGAGGAUUAUCCGGCAGACGAUGAUAGUGAUCUGCCAUUGCCCAUCAUGCCGCCGCGGUCGCCGUCGCUCCGGGCGUUCCCUGCGACGCUGCGGGGAAGCAUGAGUAGCGGUAAUGGUAAUGGUAGUGCUAGUGGCAGCAGGCGGGUAAAGAAGCAAUUCACCCGCCCCCGCGACACAGCAUCACCCUCUUCCUCCUCCCGCGACCGCGACCGCCGCUACUCCCUCGACUAUGCCGACUCCUCCGCCUCCCUCGAAUCCAUCGCCGAAGACCCCAGCCCCAGCCCGCAACCCACCCCACACCACGCCAAGAUCCUCGAAGAGGCAGAAUCCUCCUCCGACUCCUCCUCCUCCGACACCCGCAGCAAACUCACCCUCCUCCCCCUCCCGCGCCACAGCCCCCCCGCGCGCUCCGCAUCCCCCGCGAAAUCAGCACUCAGACACGCCCCCGCCCCCUCCCUGGCCGUGAAGCCGCGCGUCAGCUUCAGCGACGAGGACUCGGUGUCUAGCUUCCCGCCGUACUCCCGCGCGCCGCUGCUGCUCGAUGACCAGUAUGGUGGUGGUGGCUUGCGCCACAUGCCGAUGUUUGGUGUGGGGGGGGUGACGGCGCCGUCGCCGCCGCCGAGUGAUUCGAGCCAGGAGAGUGUCAUUGGCCUGGAGAGCGCGCUGCGGUAUCCGAAGGGGCUGCCGCCGCUGGGGGCAGGGAGCGCGGUGAAGAGGGCGGGGGUGCCGGAGGUGAGGGUUGUGGCGGCGACGCCGGGGGAGGAGGAGAGGGAGAGGGGGAUGGUGUUGCCGGUGAUGGGGGUGGGGUGGGAUAGUGGGAGUGAGAGUGGUAGUGAUAGUGGGGAGAGUAUAUAUUCGGAUGCGUAUGAGGACUUUGUCCUGCCUUCGCCGUUGCCGUCGCCGUCAUUCGGCGGUGGGGGGGCGAUGCCGGGGAUUCUGGAGAUUGCGCCACCUCCUCCUCCUCCCCCUCCUCCUCCAGCCCCACCGGUACCAAGAUCUCCACCACCCCCACCAAAAACAGCCCCGCCACAACCAGACGAUCCACCACCCCCACCAGACUUCCUAUCACCCCGUAACCCACCACCGCCGCCGCCAGUACCGGCAAACACACUAACCCGCACACCAUCAACUACAUCCUCCAUCUCGACAACGUCAACAUCAUCCUUCCGCCGCCUCACGCCCCGGAGCCGCGGGAGGCCCGUGUCGCAUUUGCUGGCUACGAUGCGCACGCAUCCGCCGUCGUUACGUACCGGCGGCGGGAGCAGCUCGCGGGAGUUGAAGACGGCGCUCCGUGCCGGCGGGGGGAAUGGGCAUGGAGGACGCACUCGCGCUUCUCGACAGAUUCGGAUCUGCCGGUCGUUUCUGGCGGUGUUGGUGGUGGUGGUGGGAGAGGGCGGGGAGCGAGGGGACGGUGAAGCGGCGGCGGCGUGGGUUUUGGGGGUUUUUGAAGGGGAAGAGUGGUGGGGGUGUGGGGGGGAGGUUGAGGAGGAGGAGUGUGGCGGUUGGUGGGGGGAGAAGGAGUUUGGUUUGGGGUUGGAGCGGGGGGUGGGUACUAGGGGGAUGGGAGGGGUGGGGGGGAUGGGGCCGGGGGUGCUGGAUAUGAGGGGUGUGGGGACUGGGAUGGGGGUGGGGGUGGAGGGGAUGGCGGCUGGGAAAGGAAUGGAGGGGAAGGGGAAGAGGAGGAGGUUGUGGAAAGUGAGGAGGUUGCUGGGGUUGAAGUAG